UCCUGGCGAUUCCUAAUGAAUUUACGGCAUUUGAAUUAACACAUGGAUCAUUAACCUACUUGGUCAAAGUUAAUGAAAUGUUUAAUGGGAUCAAAAAGCGACUUAAAGAUGAGCUAAGUAAACAUUGGCGGCUACUAACCGGCAUUAAUGAUACUGUGGUUGUCAGUGAUAAUGAUAAAAAGUAUGUGGAAAAUGAGCUAUAUACACUGGACGAGAUGUUCACCGAGAUAUAUUCGCUGUGGCUGUCUAAACAAACAUUUUGCCUAUUUUUCCAACCAAGUGAGACUAGCGCUCAGCGCCCGGAGACACUGGGUCCUAGUGCUAAAGGUUAUGACAUAAGGCUUAUGGUAAAUAAUGUGAAGAAUAUGACAAAAUUGGCCAUAAAUAAGGCUAAAAACGAGAUUAAAAUGUUGCGACGCGACGCAAAACUCGUGUUAACACGUGUUAAGUCAUUGGACGCCCAAAUCAUGAGCUAUAAGUCAUAUCAACGCGCGUUAAAAGAUGCGUUUUUAUUGACCAUGGCUGAUUUGCGUUAUCGAUUAGAUAAACAACAUGCUCUAUUGAAAUCAUUGAUUUUCCGAGAAAAUAAUACUAUAUUAAAUUACAACGACUAUGAGGAAAUAAAUAAAAACGAUACGUUAAUUAAUAUACAAAACUCUGUUUACGAUAUCAUAACCCAUACAACGGAUCAUAUGCUGGACCUGAAGGCAAAGGCGGACAACACUUACCACACAAUAAAGGCAUUGGAGGGCGAGUUGUCUCAACACAACUCAAAUGUCCAAAAAUUAAAAUCAAAAUUUUCAAACGUGAAGGAAGUGCUUAGGGAUGUAGUAAUGCAACAAAAGCUAAUACUGACUGAACGUAUGGUCAAUACAACCGAUGAUAACACAUCUGUAUUGAGAGAUGAAAUUAAUAUUAUUGACGAGAUUGAGACGGAAGUGAUUGGUAUGGCUUUGAUUAGGAGUUUUCGCAACAGUUUUUGCCACAAAUUGUUUGAUAGAUCGGAAGAGGAGGUCCGGCCAGUUGUGGACUCGGAUGGUCUGACAUUUCAAUAUAGGACACUACUGUCUAGAGUGAGGAAUAAAGUAAAAAUAGCUGUCAAUAACACAAUACGUGAUGUAAAAACACUUAAAAAUAAGGCUAAACAAGUGUUAACACGGGUUAAGUCAUUGGACGCGCAGAUUAUUAGUCUGAAGGCCUAUCAGAGACUCAUUAAAGAGAUGUUUAUUUCGCAGAUUUUUAGCUCUGAUAAUAAUGAACAGAAUAUUCUAUUUGAAAACGAGUUAAAUUUAAUCAAAGAUUAUUUAUGGCGAGCCAAUGAUCUGGAGCUACAGGCGCUGGAUUGGGGUGUUAACAAUGAUUACAUGUUUGGAUUUUGUCCGGCAUUAUUAAUAUAUGGUCGCGGAGAUGGUUAUGCAGUUAUUAGUAAAUGCAAUGAAACUUUACCUGCAAACAAUCAAGAUCUACAAACAAGGCAUGAAAAUCAUAUAUUACUUGACAUACAAAACAGCAUUCAGGAGAUGAUCAACAAAACCGAUGACCGCAUGAAAAACAUGAAACAAAAAGCGGACAAUACUUACGACACCAUAAAGGCAUUGGAGGGCGAGUUGUCUCAACACAAAGCAAAUGUCCAUAAAUUGAAAACAAAGUUCGCAAACGUUAUGGAAGUGUUUAGGGAUGAGGGGGAGAGACAGAGGCAGAUACUGACCGAUCGGAUGGACAAUACCACCGCUGAAGACACCCCUGUAUUGGAGGCUGAGAUCGAGAUAAUGAAUGACAUAUUGUUUGAAUCACUAAAUCUGGAGCUAAUUAGGAGUCUUAGCGAAACGUAUUGUAAGUUACCCUUUAUUGUAGAGAAGGCUGAGCCCCGACCGGUGCUGGACUUUCGUGUCCUGACACCCGAAACUAUGGCACUGAUAGCCGAGGCCAGGAUUAGGAUGGAAAUGGCCAUAAAUCAUACAAUACAUGAUACAAAUAUAUUGAGAAAUGAGGCAAAACAUGCGUUAAUAAGUGUGAAGUCAUUGGACGCACAGAUUAUGAAUUUGAAGGCUUAUCAGAGAAUUAUUCAAGAGAUAGCUGAUGAACUAGAGCUACAAGUGCUGGACUGGGAUUGUGUGCCGUUGGCCGCGGAGAUGGCUAUGGCAAACAUA